UGAUUACCAUGACAACCACGAUGAAGUCAAAUAAUGUUACAAAUGUCAUAGGAAUCACGUUUAUCAUGCGCAAAUCAACGAUCCUCGUGAGUAACAUCUUGAUGUUAUCAGAUUAAAUUAACAAUGUGUGUGUGAUUGUGUUGGGUUAUUUGAAAACGCUUCAAAAUGCAUCGAAACGUUGCAGUUUUAUCAGUUUCCAUUAUCAAUGGAUUUUGCAUUUUCCUCCUCUGUAUGCGUUUGUGGCGCAUUGAAAGAGCCGAAAUUUUAACGCCGGCAACAAGCGUCUCGAUUGCAUUGAUCGCCAAAAUUCUCUACAACCUGCUGAGCGAUAAAGGUCGCCUCACUGUCGACUGCUUUUGGAAUACGUCACUCUUAAUCGUCUACGCUUUUUUCAUCCAUGCCGCCGACCAUCAUGACCUCAUCACCCGUUACAGAUCAGCACAACCCACUCCACAUUAUAUUUUCAUGCAGAAUUCAACGUCUGCUCCUCGGAUUGAGUAUCCAUGGACGGAAUACAAGUUCAUUGUUUCUUCCAUAUUACUUAUGUUGGUCAUUUACAACCCUUUUAAUUGCCCACAACCCAAAACAACGUCAAAAGCCAAAAUUGAUCAUGAGAUGUUGAAUAAAUAUCGGAGAAUCAUUAAACUGAAACAACAACAACAACAGGAGGAAGGCAGAAAUUUAUUAGUUUUGGACCCAACGAGGGUUAGGUCAUCGUCUCAGAGGAAAACAAAAUCGCAUCUGACUCAUUCAAAAUACAAGUCUAAAAAAACCCCUGCUUGUUCAAAAGUGCAAGAGACGAAGAGCAAUUGCAAGCAUGGUGAUGAAGAUACAAAUUGCAAAGAUGAUGUUAAUGUUAAUGUGGGCAGUUUCCUUGCAAAAAUAGACGGGACUGGGGACAGUACGUUUUUCCCCAAAACACUUCGACCUUUUGACCUUCGCACAAUAAAAACCCAAACAAAUAGCGAUCUAGCCACGAUAACAUCAAGCAUAUCCAAAGGUAUCCAAUGCGUGAGACGUCAACCACCAAAGUCCAAAAAGGCCCUUGUUUCUAGACCAGCCGGUUCCUCUUUGGAUUACUUAUUUUGUAAUAGUGAUAAGUCUACUAACACCAACAUCAACCCGGUAGCUCCUUGUCAUUAUCCCAAAAAGGUCAAAACCAAAACGAAGAGUACUGAUCCCCUCCCUUCUUCAACUUAUUCCAAACCCAGAUUCAAGGCAAAAUGUAAAGAUUGUGUAAAAGAUGCUCAUCAAACAAUAAUGGCGUAUAAGAAUUUAAAGAAAGAUAUUCGAAUAUAUCUGAAUCCAUCUUUGGAAACAAAUGAGCAUGAGCAUACCCCCUCCAAGAUUCCGAAACCUUUUAAGCUGCAACCUCAAGCGAAAAGCUCCGAAAUCUUCAAUUUAGAUGACCUGAUCAACGCAAAAUAUAGAACCGGUCCUGAUUUUACCCGGUCUCCAAGAGGACAAAGUCUAGAUGUUAUCCCAACGAAAGAUAAUCAAACCUUGAAUGUGCUCUACAUUACCGACAGAAUGCUUAACUCUGUUGGCUUCAAUCGUAGUAGCGAAUCUUACGACUAUUCACGUGAUGGAAGCAGUAGACAAUCUCGAAAUUAACAGUAUAUUCAUAUGAUUUAUAAAUUAAUAAAUUUAUUGUUGUUAA